CUCGGCGACGAUAAAACUGUACAAUUUAUAUAUAUUUUAAUUUGACGGAAAAAACAAUAUUUUUUUUCUUCCAAUGCAGUGGAACUUGUGCUGUUGUGCGGUGAAAAAUUGUAAAUGAUCGCAAGUGCGAAAGUUAAUUUCUUUUUGACGGAUGAUUAGGCUGAUAUACUCUCGUCGUUAAAUACAGACGGUUAACGGUGCUAUAGGCGAAGCGCACGCGGGUAGUUCGUAGUCAAAAGGGAGUUAACACCUGUCGAGGAAGUAAAAUGAGCAAUAACAGAAGUCAAAGCGACCGAAAAAUGCUGGAAGGAAAGAAUAUCGUGGCCAGUAAAAUUCCGGGGAAACCAACACCGAACAUUUCGCUGGGGCAAUACAUGUUGGAUUGCCUGCGUAAAAACGGUGAUACGGUAGCGCAAAUCGACGCUGUUACCGGUGAGGAGAUCAGCUACAAAGAGAUUUACGAACAAAGUAUCCACUUGGCCGUUAGUCUGAAAAAACGUGGAUUGAAGCCCGGCGAUCGGGUAGCUAUUUGCAGUGAAAAUCGCCUGAAUCUGAUCAUUCCAACGUUCGCGUCGCUUUACCUGGGCGCGGCUUUGGCGCCCUUAAACCCGGCUUAUUCGAAAGCCGAACUGCUACACGCGUUGAAUAUAUCCAAGCCGUGCAUGAUCUUCGUUUCGCCGAGAACCGAGGAAAUCGUGUCGGAGGUUGUCGAGGAAUUGAAACCGCGACCCUCGGUCAUUCAGCUUGCGGGAGAAUCGGAAUCCAAAGACGUUCCAACUUUACCGGAUGUAUUGGCCGAGACGAAACGACCGUCAGAUUUCAGCAAUUUUUCAGCCGUUCAGUUUCCAGAUUACAAAAAACAAGUUGCCGUUAUUUUGUGCUCGAGCGGGACCACCGGGCUCGCGAAGGGCGUUAUGCUGUCUCACCACAAUCUGAUGACGCUUGGUCAACACUUUGCGAAUCCAGAUUUUGUAAGCAUGAGUCCGGAUCGUCCGCUGCUCGGUCUGCUGCCGUAUUACCAUGGAUACGGGUUCUCCCUGAACUUGGGACUCACUGCAACCGGAGGCAAGGCGGUCGUGAUGAGCGACUUCGAUCCGUUUGUCUUCCUGAGCGCUAUACAGGACCACAAAGUGGUGAUUGUACCCUUGGUACCGCCGAUCAUGGUAUUCCUUGCCAAACAUCCGAUUAUCAGUGAAUACGACCUGAGUAGCGUUCAAGAGAUCAUCUGCGGCGCUGCCCCGCUUUCGGAGGAGAUCCAGACCGCGGUUAUGAAACGCCUCGGUCUAUCCUGCAUUCGUCAGGGAUACGGAAUGACCGAAUCUACGGUGAUAGUGAGCCUGAGUCCGGUAGCGAAGAACAAGGUGGGAAGCUCCGGUAUUCUUUCGCCGAACACUUACCUGAAGGUCAUCGAUCUGGAGACCUCCGAGCCACUUGGUCCGAAUCAGCAGGGUGAAUUUUGCUUCGCGGGGGACCUCGUGAUGAUGGGAUAUUGCGGUGAUCCUAAAGCGACCGCUGAAACCAUCGACAAAGACGGUUGGCUCCAUACAGGUGACAUCGGUUACUACGACGAGGAGGGUUACAUAUUUGUAGUCGAUCGUCUCAAGGAACUCAUCAAGUAUAAGGCCUUCCAAGUGCCACCGGCAGAGCUCGAGGCUAUCCUACUUAAUCAUCCCGCAGUGAGCGAGGCUGCGGUAAUCGGACUACCAGAUGAGAACAGUGGAGAACUUCCGCUGGCCUUUGUUGUCCGACAACCUGGAGUUGAGGUUUCCGCAGACGAAAUACGGAAGUUUGUCGAUGGUCAGGUAUCUCCCGCGAAAUGGUUGCGAGGCGGCGUCAGAUUCAUCCCGGAUAUCCCGAAAAAUCCAUCGGGCAAGAUACUAAGACGAGAACUGCGAAAACUUUUGUCAAAGUUGUAGACCCCGAUGUUUUGUAAAGUUAAUAAUUGAUGAGCGAUUAUUUCGCAAAUGUUUUCCACUGCUCGCAUAUCUAUGUGUAAUUUUCUAUAUUCGUACAUCUCUUUACUAUGAAACUGAAACACGUGUUCGUGAUCUUUGUAAUACGUCUAUUUCAUGUGUAUUGUACAUUCCUACCGUCGAAAAUACCGUCAACGAUUCCAAAAA